CGAGUGAAUAAGAAGUAAAAAAUGACAUUUGCAAAAAGCCGAAAAACAGCAUAGAAGUUUAUUUUAUUGUAUAUAUUAAAUUAUUUAUUAUUGCGUUAAAAGAAAAAUGACUGCUUUCGAAGAAUUUGGUGUACUUCCUGAAAUAGCUAAAGCUUUAGAAGAAUUGGAUUGGAUGUUACCAACUGAUAUCCAAGCUGAAGGAAUUCCUUUAGUACUUGGCGGAGGUGAUGUGCUCAUGGCAGCAGAAACUGGUAGUGGAAAAACAGCUGCAUUUUGUCUUCCAGUUAUUCAAAUUGUAUGGGAAACUAUAAAAGAUAUUCAAUCUGGUAAGACAGCCAAAGAAGCUAAAGCAAGCUUGUCUCAGCCAUGGAUAAUGUCAACUUUGGACAGAGGAAAUGCUAUAGCGGUUUCUCCUGAUGGUAAAAGAGUUCAGUCAAGAGAACAGAGAGAUUGGAAUGGUGUUCGUUGCACUAGAGGAGUCAAAUCAGGAAAGUGGGGCUUUGAGGCUACUGUCACAGAUGAAGGACUUUGCAGAGUGGGGUGGUCUACUCUACAGGCAAGUUUGGAUCUAGGUACUGAUAGAAACGGCUUUGGAUUCGGAGGAACAGGCAAAAAAUCUAAUAAUAAACAAUUUGAUAACUAUGGGGAACCAUUUGGUAAAAAUGAUGUUAUCACCUGUCUUUUGGAUGCAGAUAACGGACAGAUAAAGUUUUUUAAAAAUGGUGUUGACUUGGGAGUUGCUUUUUGUGCUGAUAAAAAAAUUGUUAGUCAAGGUCUAUUUCCGGCUGUUGUUUUAAAAAAUGCAGAAAUGGAAUUCAAUUUUGGAAAUAAACAGUUUAAGCAUAGCUUGCCCGAUGGAUAUAAACCUAUAAUGUCAGCUACUGGAGAUACUCUAGUGAAAAAUACAAACGGUGAAAGUGGUGCUGGUCAAGUUACCAAACUUGUAAACAACGCACCCCAAGCCAUCAUUAUUGAGCCAUCUAGAGAAUUGGCUGAACAAACUAGUGAACAGAUAAAAAAAUUCAAAAAAUAUCUCAAAGAUCCCGAAAUCAGAGAAGUUCUUGUGAUAGGAGGUGUACAGGUAAAAUCCCAAAUUUCACAACUUCAAAAUGAAGGUGCUGAUAUCAUAGUUGGAACGCCUGGUCGUUUAGAAGAUCUAAUUCAAGGAGGUUAUUUGUCAUUGGCAAACUGUAGAUUUUUCAUUCUGGACGAAGCAGAUGGGUUGUUAAAACAAGGUUACACCAAAUUUAUUGAAACAUUACAUCAACAAAUGCCCAAAGUUACGGCGGAUGGAAAGAGGUUACAAAUGAUUGUUUGUAGUGCCACUUUGCAUGAUUUUGAAGUUAAAAAAAUGGCUGGAAAAUUAAUGUACUUUCCUACUUGGGUCGAUCUUAAAGGUGAAGAUGCUGUGCCGGAAACUGUUCAUCAUGUGGUAGUAAAGGUAGAUCCACAAAACGACAAAUCCUGGCAUAACUUAAGAAGGCACAUCAAUACAGAUGGAGUUCAUGCACGAGAUAACGUUAGACCUGGAAAUAAUAGUCCAGAAACAUUAAGCGAAGCUGUUAAAUUGCUAAAAGGUGAAUAUUGUCUAAAUGCGAUUGACAAGCACAAGAUGGAUAGGGCCAUAAUAUUCUGUCGUACAAAAUUAGAUUGUGACAAUUUAGAAAGAUAUAUGAAGCAGAUCGAUAGAAAUAAUUAUUCAUGCGUAUGCUUACAUGGUGAUAGAAAACCACAUGAACGUAAAGCUAAUUUGGAAAUGUUCAAGAAGAAUCAAGUUAAAUUUCUAAUUUGUACUGACGUCGCCGCUAGAGGAAUCGAUAUAAGUGGUUUACCUUUUAUAAUUAAUGUAACACUACCAGAUGAAAAAUCGAAUUAUGUGCAUAGAAUCGGUCGUGUAGGAAGAGCUGAAAGAAUGGGUCUUGCAAUAAGUUUAGUUAGCACUGUACCAGAAAAGGUGUGGUAUCAUGGUGAGUGGUGUCCCUCGAGAGGAAAAAAUUGUUCGAAUACAAAUUUGGUUGAACAAAAAGGAUGCUGUAUAUGGUAUAAUGAACCUCAGUUUAUAGCUGAUAUUGAAGAACACUUGAAUGUGACAAUUCAAGAAAUUGGUCCCGAUAUGGAAGUACCGCAAGACGAAUUUGAGGGAAAAGUAAUAUAUGGAGAAAAAAGAAAAAAUAUGGGUUCUCUUUACCAAAAUCACACUGCCCAAAUGGCACCUAUCGUUAAAGAGUUGUCUAAAUUGGAAAGUUCCGCUCAGUUACUUUAUGUCAAACGACACUUGUCUAAAUUAGCCAGAACAUGCUGAAAAUUAAAUCUAAGAAAUAUUUUAAAUAGAAUGAUUUCAUUAACAAUUGUAUUCAC